UCUCACCCCACUAAGGCUCGUUUUUAAUCUACGACAGUGACAAGCGCCGCUGGCGCCACGGUGAGGCACAGCUGGGCUGCUCUCGAAGCUUGGGAAGAAUGGCGGCGCAUCAGGCUGACGCCAGUGCUCGGAUCCUGUCAGCGGAGGCUCGGCGUCGUUGACGGCUUCUCGUGCCUGCGGUGCUCCAGUAUGCGCAACGGAUGCGGCCUGCAAAGGGAACGGCGGCAGCGGGGCAGUGUCGGGGUGCCGUUUGUGCUCGCGUGUUCGUGACAGUAACCCUAAUGCUAUGUAAAUAACUGUGCCCCGGGCUGGGACCCCUGGGCGAUGCCAUCGGUGUAGUGGCGGCGCCGAUGGCCUCGAAGCGCAAUGGCCCCGAGCUGUGGACGGCCGCGUACGACUACAAUGCGUCGGGCGACGACGAGCUGUCGCUGCGACGGGGCCAGACGGUCGAAGUGCUGUCCAAGGAUGCGCGCAUCUCAGGCGACGACGGCUGGUGGACGGGCAAGAUCGGCGAUCGGGUGGGCAUCUUUCCCUGCAACUUCGUACAGGCCCUCGAGCUGCGUCCGCGCGAGAUCUCGUUCAGCGAGCUCGAGCUCGAGGAGGUGAUCGGUGUGGGCGGCUUCGGCAAGGUGUACCGCGGCCUGUGGCGGGGCCAGGAGGUGGCCGUCAAGGCGGCCCGCCAGGACCCCGACGAGGACGUGGGCGCCGCGGCGCAGAGCGUGCGCCAGGAGGCGCAGCUCUUCUGGCGCCUGGCGCACCCGAACGUGGUCAGCCUGCUGGGCGUGUGCCUCGAGCCGCCCAACUUGUGCCUCGUCAUGGAGUACGCCCGGGGCGGACCGCUAAACCGCGUGCUGGCGGGCCGCCGGGUGCCGCCCGAGGUGCUCGUCGACUGGGCCGUGCAGAUCGCGCGCGGCAUGCACUACUUGCACGUCGAGGCGUCGCUCAUCCACCGCGACCUCAAGUCCAGCAACGUGCUGCUCAGCGAGCCGUACGCCGAGCGCAGCAGGAAGACCCUCAAGAUCACCGAUUUCGGCCUCGCUCGCCAGGUGACCGGCACGACGCGCAUGUCGACGGCCGGCACUUACGCCUGGAUGGCCCCCGAGGUCAUCAAGUCGUCCACGUUUUCGCGCGCCAGCGACGUCUGGAGCUACGGCGUCCUCCUCUGGGAGCUGCUGACGGGCGAGACGCCCUACAAGGGCAUCGACGCCCUGGCCGUCGCCUACGGCGUGGCCGUCAACAAGCUCACGCUUCCCAUCCCGUCCACCUGCCCGGCGCCCUUCUCGCAGCUCAUGCAAGCCUGUUGGAACUCAGACUCUCAUCAACGUCCGUCGUUCUCGGCCAUCCUGACUGAACUGGACAAGAUAACACGGUCACCUUUCAUGAGCACACCACACGAAUCGUUUCACACACUCCAGGAGGACUGGCGGCAUGAGAUUGCACAUCUCUUCGAUGAGGUGCGGUGCCGGGAGAAGGAGCUGCGGUGCCGUGAAGAAGAACUGCAUCGUGCCUUCGUGCAGCAGAAGCUGCAGGAAGCCCUGCUGCUCCAGCGGGAGCAGGAGCUUGCCGAGCGCGAGAUCAGCCUGCUUGAACGCGAGCUCAAUGUCAUGAUCCUGGCCCAGCAGGAGCACGCACCCCCAACACCUCGUAAACGGGGCGGCCACUUUCGCAAGUCGCGGCUGCGGCUGCUCAGAGCGGGCGCCCAGAUCAGCAUGCCUUCUGACUUCCGGCACAACAUCACAGUGCAGCACACACCAACACACGAUUUCCGGUCUCUGCGGAUGCCGGCCAGCCCCGAAAGCCCCCCUGCUUCACCAAGCUUGCCAAGGUUGAGGGCCUAUGCAUUGCCUCCAGACGGGGGCCUCAAGGGCAAGACAUGGGGGCCCAGUUCUGUGCACCAGAGGGAGCGGCAGAGCCCUCGUGCCCGGAAGCACCUGCUGGUUGACGCCAACAAGCGCUGGUCCCGCUCGGCGCCAAACUUGCCCCGCGGGGAUGAGGACGACCAGGCGACAAUGAUAACGCCCCUCCUGGCUGGCACAUCUGCCACCAACGUGUCAUCUUCGUCGUCCGCUCCGCGGCGGCCCCCUUGUCUGCGGCGUGGCACCGAGCUACUGCUCUUCAAUGCGGCUGCACUGCUUGCGGCACCCGGCGCCGGUUUCGAUGUGCGCAUGGCGCCUCGCACGCAUCCGCGACUGGGCACCGCGGGAGGAGCCCCCGAGGACGUCCCGCUGUACCCCGUCUGCGCCGCCGCCAAUGAGCAGGCAGCAGCCAGCGUCUCAUCGCUCAACACCAGCCUGCAUGGCCACAGGCAACAGCUCAGCUUGGACGCAACGCGGUGCCCGCUGUCGCCAUUCGGGCGGCGGAAAUCCUCGACGGCAUCAAACGACAGCUCGAGUGACCAGGCAUAUGCGAGCUCGGCGAGCAGCUCGGGCGCGCCUCUGUCGCCGCCUGAGGGCGGCCGCCUUGAGGUGUGGUCACCACGGCAGAGGCCUCGCCCGCUGCCCACCCCGAGCAGCGAGUCACGCGUGCGCUUCACAAUUGGCGUCGGGACAGAGCCGGCAACGUGCAGUCGCGCAGCUGGCACCAGCGACCCGGCCGAGCCGCUUUCCCUGUGAGCUACGCACAGAAAUAGGACAGUGCAGAACGUGAUGCGAGCACUCUGGGGGGAAGAGAAGUGGGCAGGACAAAUGCUGGACUUCCAGCUCAGGCUUAUUUUUUCCAUAAUGAAGGUCCAGUUGGAAUUCAGCAGCACUGCAGUUUUUCUUUUAUGCAUAAAGGCUCCAGCUCGGGCUCAUUGAGUUCAGACUAACUGUCCUCCGCUUGUGUCUUUGUCUGCUUAACCUUUGUAUAUACAAUUGAUGGGAAAGUGGAGGACUGACAUCCUUAACACUAAGAGCCAGAGCACUUAUUUAUGAGCUGUGGGUGAUGGUAGUGCUGCUGAAUCCAGAGCAGGUUCCACAGAAGCUGUAUUCGUGUAUGUCCAACACUCGUCCUGGUGCAUAUGCUUUGUUCUGCGCUGGCCUAUUUUUGUAUGUGCGAUGUACCGACUCGCCCAGCAAGCAACCUCCCCGUGAGCUAGUCUGCUGCUGCAAACAUUCCAGGACACUGCCAGGCAUGACGAACAAAAAAAAAACCUCACACAUUCCACAACCCUUUUUUCGUAACAGAGAGUCCCUUCCUUUGUCGUGCUGCGCCCUCAAGCACUUCCCCCAUGAUGGAGAAAAACCUGUGACUACCAUUCGUCAUCUUGUGUGUGCAGCGAGUCAACGGCGUGACAGACUUCUAUGCCAGUGUCAGCAAGGCUGGGGCUUGAGCUGCAAGUUCGUGAACCUCUGCUUUUGUCAGUUUAUUCCAGUGAACAGUCAGUCACGUGUGUCGAAAAAUGCAGUUUUGUCUUCUGUGGCUGCUUGUGAAAGAAAAAAAAAAAAAAAAAAAAGAAUCGUACUGCACUCAA